UGACGCUUGAGGAGGGAGGCUAGAGAAACCGCGCAACCAGGGACGGUACAGGGUCAAGGGAAUCGAGGUGUAAGGGAUUUCUUCCCCACAGUUUGGUUUGUGCAGCCAGGGGCGGGCCCCCAACAUCUGGCCCCGACCGUGUAAUGAGCCGACUGGGGUUCAGCCAUUGACCGGAGCUGCUCGGGGGAAGUACGGGUGGGUGAGGCUCCGCGGUGCCUGGUCGGGUUUCCCGGCAGCCAGGCAGGAAGGGGGAGAAGGUGCGAGCAGCCGGGGGCUCUGAGCUCGCGCCCUGCGCCCCACCCAGGCUGCGGCCGCGCAGGGAGGAAGCGCGUAUAGGUUGAGUGCAAAGUUUCCUUUUUUGCUUUCUCGUCAGAUCAGCCCCGACAGGCGGUGGGUGGGAAUGCCUAACUUUAGCUUGAAGAGGGUCCAGAACGAAAGGGGUUAAAACCAGCGACUUCCCCCACUUCCCGCCUCCCUUCCACGCACACCCUGCUAGCCAUGGGCAGCCACGACCACCUGUUCAAAGUUCUGGUGGUGGGGGACGCCGCGGUGGGCAAGACGUCGCUGGUGCAGCGAUAUUCCCAGGACAGCUUCAGCAAACACUACAAGUCCACGGUGGGAGUGGAUUUUGCUCUGAAAGUUCUCCAGUGGUCUGACUCAGAGAUGGUACGACUACAGCUGUGGGAUAUUGCAGGGCAAGAGCGCUUCACCUCUAUGACACGACUAUACUAUCGGGAUGCCUCUGCCUGUGUUAUUAUGUUCGAUGUUACCAAUGCCACUACCUUUAGCAACAGCCAGAGAUGGAAACAGGACCUGGACAGCAAGCUUACACUGCCCAAUGGAGAGCUCGUGCCCUGCCUGCUCUUGGCCAACAAGUGUGAUCUGUCUCCUUGGGCUGUGAGCCGGGACCAGAUUGACCGGUUCAGUAAAGAGAACGGCUUCACAGGUUGGACAGAAACAUCAGUCAAGGAGAACAAAAACAUUAAUGAGGCCAUGAGAGUCCUCAUUGAAAAGAUGAUGAGCAAUUCCAGAGAAGAUAGCCUGUCUUUGUCCACCCAAGGAAACUACAUCAACCUACAAACCAAGUCCUCCUCCAGCUGGACCUGCUGCUCAUAGCAUUUGACUUGUUUUCCAUCCCAGUUCUAGGAGGUCUUUCCAUCACUUCCCUUUUGUUACCCAUCUGGCAGUUUUAUUAGAUACAUUUGAACUGUCUCCUGCCUACUGUCCAGUAAGGAUGCCCAUCAUCGCUCAGAAAAGACACCUGGGACCCAUGUGCAUUUCUGCAUCUCCUGGAUUAGGCUUCAACUUGCUGCUGGCUCAUGUGGCCCAGUUAGUGCCUUCUGUAUAAGAAAGAUCAUCGCCGGGCUCGGUGGCUCAGCCUGUAAUCCCACGCCUUUGGGAGGCUG